CUCUGUUGCUCAUCCCCAACUCUGUUACUCAUCGUCGACACUUGCACUCUCUCCUCUGCCGGCGCUCCCUCCGUCGUCUCCCUUAACCUGUCUCUGCUGGCGCUCGCAUUCCCUGCGCUCACUACUCACGGUGUCGGUCAGCCAACGGAGGUCGCCUUUCCUUCCUCCGCGCUGCCAUUCUCUGUCCUCCACCCUCGUCAUGUUGCUCAAUCUUCUACUACCUUCGAAGUCCUCACUGCAUGCAUAUGGCGUUGUCAUACCGCUGCAUUGCAAUGGCAAAACCCUAACACCAAGAGGUUCGCUUGCUUUGCACAGUCAAUGCACGUUUUGACUGUGCCGUCGCCGCCGCUAGAAGAGCACUCAACCGCAACAAAGGCAACAACUGGCCUUCUGCUUCCGGCGCUCACCGAGCCCGCUAUCUCCGCGCCAUCGCUACCAUGGUCGUCGAGAGAAAGGAUCACCUCGCUAAGCUUGAAUCCCUUGAUUGCAGAAAACCACUCGAUGAAGCUGCCUGGGACAUGGAUGAUGUUGCUGGUUGCUUCGAGUUUUAUGCUGGCCUUGCCAAGAACCUCGACGCUAAGCAGAAGGCACGCGUUUCUCUUCCCAUGGAAACUUUCAAGAGUUAUGUCCUCAAUGAAUCCAUUGGUGUUGUUGGAUUAAUCACCCCAUGCUGCUUGCUUCCAUGGUGGACGUGAUGAUCCGAUACCCAGCCCAUUUAACCCGUUGACAGAUGGCAGCACCCAGCCCAUAAUUCAUGUACUCACCAAGUAUGAUAUCUUGACCCUGCUAGCUUGGGGUGUUCUUUACAGGUUCUUCUUCUACUUGGUACUGAGAUUUUACUCCAAGAAUGAGAGAAAAUGAUGAACCAAUUGUAUAUAUACUAUGUCUACAUUUUUGGUUCUUGAUAAAGUUUUAGACUUCUAUGUACCAUUUUCCUAUGGUUUGUUGAAAAUGUGAAACAAUAAUAACAAAUAUAUAUUAUCAUGAUCAUAUAUGUGAAAAGUAGCUACUGAGUUUUUCAGCUUUA